AGCCAAUGGUUGUGACAUACGCUUAGCGCUGCGUGUCAAGCGUGCGUGUGCACACACUUUCUUUCUGCCUAGCAGUAAGGAUUCGAGAAUUUUUUGGUUAAAAGUUAAAAAAGUUCUUGAUUUGGUGUUUGAUACACAAGACACAUUCAUUCAUCGUGUAUACAACAUCAUCCCUACAUCAUUACAGCUUCCCUACCAGCCUUCCUCACAUCCAGCAAUUACACUUAUGUCGAGAUAGCAAAUCAACUAAAUUAUCAUCACUCUCGCCGACACCUUUCUGUGAUCGAUGUCUUCAGCCGCUGGCGAACAAGGUACAGGCAAUGGGGCCGGAGCAGGAGUAGCGGCAAGCGAGACAUCGAUCAGUCAUAGCAGAGAAAAGAUUAGUCUAUGCUGUGAGAUUAUCUUGGAUCAUUUUGGUCCAAUUGCCGCUCAAGUUGCUUCUACUUUAUUACAAAGAGGUCGUUUAACUUUACGUGAAUUAAGUAGAUUUCUUGCAACGCCAACGAUUCAUGCUCCUACGGGAUAUAUACCAGAACAAGAUGACGUCUCUCACGCUGAAGCAAGUAUGUUUGAUGCUUGGCAAAGUGCAGCAAAUGGAGCUUCUGCCGGUGGAUCGUCUUCUUCGGCCACUUCUUGGAGUACACCUCUUAAAUCACAAAGGCUCAUUCAGCAAACAUUGCUCACCCUAAUUCAACACAACAUUUGCUGGCAUGCAAGAGCGCUUCCCAACGGAUCGCUCGUACAAGCUUCGAUGGACGAUUCUACCUCUCUCGAAGAUGCUUUUCGUGGUGUGGAGUACUUUCAGAUCAAUGUAGAAGAAGUUUUACCAAGAUUACGUUUUGGCGCUUAUUUGAACAUUGCUGAAGAACGGUUUGGAGAGACAGGAUUAUCGUCAGUCAAUACAAUCUUACGCAACGGAAAGAUCAGAGCUGCAGAUGUGAUCGAAAGGGUAUCUCAGCAAGGCCACGAUCGCGAACAUGUUGAAGAUAUUAUGAGAGACCUACUCUAUUACGGCUAUAUUCAACCUUCUUGGCCAAAAGUGCAUACAUCAGCGCGUGAUCGCAGAAUCUCUUAUGAAGCAGAGCUUGUCUCUCGAACACGAAAGAUUUUGGGACCAAAGGAGAAGAUGGAAAUCGCAGAAACAGCCAGAAAUUCAUUGACGAAUGAUGAUUAUGAAGUUUGGUUCUCAUCCAAACGUGAAGAGAAACCGGUCAGGCGAGGUUUGGGACCGAGAAAGGUAACGAAGAAGAGAAAACCAAACGGAAGGGCACAAAAGGAUGCUAAAGGGUCAAAAAAGGCCAAGGCAACAAAUGGUAAACCUGCAAAAAGGACAUUCAUGGGAAUUGAGCUGAGUGAAGAAGAAGAUGGCGGAGAGGAAGGGACAGGGCCGAAAUCAUUUUCGAUCGACGAUACUAUUUAUAUCCGUAUCAAUCAUGACCGAUUUGAUGUUCAUUUGCGAGAUGAAUUCAUUCUGCGAACGGUGGAAGCACGCUACAAUUCUCAAUUGGCACGAAUUGUUCAAGUGAUGCUUCAUCUAUGCACAGGAGCAUAUGACACCAUUCCAAGUGCACGCGACAUCUAUUCCAAUUCACUUCAUGUCAAUACAUUACGACAAAAGAUGCCGCUCAAGAUGGGAUUAAAGGAUGCAUUCGAUCAUAAAACGAUGAAGGAAAAGCUUGGAUCAGAUGCUAGUCAUGAUUCGGCUUUGUUGGGUGAAGCGAUUGCCAUCUUGGUUGGUGGAGGAGAUGAAUCACGUACAGGUCAAGCAAGAAGAAUGAUCGGACCAAGUGAAUUUGCUCGACCGAAUAAGCAUAUGGGUGGUUAUUCUCAAAUCCAGAUCGAAUACAGAAAUGCGGCACGAUUGAUGAGACACGCAAUUCUGCGCACAGUGAUCGAAGCACAAUUUGGUGCGAAUGGGUUGAGAGUGAUCACACUGCUACAAGAUCUUGGCAAAUUGGACGAGAAGCAGAUCUCGAAAGUAUGCUUGAUUUCCAUGAGCGAGACACGGGAUGUUUGUGCACGAUUGUUCGCUGCAGGACUUUUGUCAUUGCAGGAAAUCCCAAAAGCAUCCGAGCGUGUGGCUGCAAGAUCAUUCUUCUUUUGGUACGUUGAUGAAAAGAAGUGUAUCUCUUGGCUAUCCGAUCACCUGUGCAAAUCAUUGGCACGUUUGACACAACGACGCAGACAUGAACAAGCACGCGAAGCUGAUCUGGUCGUCAAAUCACAACGUAUCGAUGUCAAAAUGGACGAAACAUUGUUGAGGGACGUUGAGAGAAUUCGAUUGCAUCGAUUACAAGAAACGGUCAAUAUUAUCUCUUUAGCAGAAUUGCGAGCCUGGCAGGAUUUGUUCAUCGUUUCAAGCUUACCGGAAUAAGUGCCGGAAGCAUCAAAAUGGCCGCAUCCCGUGAGCGGCGCAUAUAUCCACUGUACACACACACACACAUUCUGUACGAUAAACAUCUUAUUCGAAUUGUCACAAUUUUAUUCUGAUUGAU